AUGAUUAGACAAAUAAGGAGUAAUGCCAUAAGUGUAAAUCCUUUUAACAAUCAGAAGUAAAGUACACCAAAUCUCAAUCAAAAACCAAGAACUUAACAAAUUACCUCAAAAAACCUUGUUUCUGAUAAAAGUGCAGACACAUUAACUUCAUCAAUCACUACAUUCAAACAUCGUACAAUGCCUGAUGUUAAGAUCUUUGGUGCUUCUUCAACUACUAAAGGCCUUUAUCUUGAUAAAUAUUUUAAUUCCUGUCGAAGAUUUUCAGAAAAGAGAAAUGCUGACAAAUCAUCUUCACCUUUAAAUGAUAACUUCAUUCUAUUUAAAGUUUCUAGUGAUUUAGGAUCCAUUAAAAAUUCAGUUUAAGCAAUUGAUAAUGAUUAAAUCUCUAUGUUUUAAUCAGGAAAAUCAAAUAAAGAUUCGUUAAAUUAGAAAACUAAUAUGUUUUGUAACUCUCAAAUAAAACUAAAUUCAUAAUAAAAUAAUGAAGAAAUGAAUGAAAACAACUAAAUCUUCAAAAUCUAAAAUAAAUAAUUUAUUUAACAAAUUUAAGAAUUAAAUAACUUUAAAUCUACUUAAAAUUAGGACAAUUUUAUUCAUAAUAGUAAUCAAGAAUCAUUCAAAUUAAUCUAAUCUUAAAAUUAUGGAAAAAUAUUAACUUCCAUUAAAUAAGAUGAAAAUGAAUAAAAAUUAGAUUUAUGUGAUUCAAUCAUUCAAAAACAUGAUUCUUUACAAUCAAUCUAAAAUAUCAAAUAAUUUAGAAUUAAAAUUGAAAAGACUAUCUUUUUAAAUUAAACUCAAGAUUAAAAUCCAUAAAUUAUAAAAUAAGAAAAUUCAUUAAUUAUACAAUAAUAAAAUUCAUAGAUUUUAGAAUAAUAAAAUUCAUAAAUCAUACAAUAAUAAAAUUCAUAAAUUCUAGAAUAAUAAAAUUCAUAAAUUUUUUUAGAUUAAUAAAAAGAUGAUUUAGAUGAAAUAUCUUUAAAAUAGGCAAAAAGUGAGAUACUCAGACAUCAAAUAGCUUAAUAAAAAUUCUCCAAUUUCAAAUACAUUUAAAGUAGAUUAAAGAUUAGAAUUUUAAUUUUUAUUUUGAUUGUGAUUUUAUUAAUCAAGAUUUAUACUCCAUUAGUAUGA